UCCCCGACCUCUGUUAAAUAGCCUCCGCCUCGUCAUCCUACGUAUGCCCGGUGCCGGAGCCUGGCAGCAUCCUGCAGCAUCGCCCUCUGGGGAACGAGAGGCCACUGACAGGACCUCUGGACUUUCAAAGUUCACUUCGUGAUUGGAUCUAACGCCAUGCAUACCUGUCACAAUAUAAGCCCUUCAGAUUUUGGCAAUCUGAAUACUGGGAAGUCGUCAUCGAGCUCGCUGCCCACGCUCAAGAUGCACUUAGUCCAGCGCUACUGUCAUCUCGAGGUCUAACACACUGCAUCUCUUAUAUGCAUGAUGAACUGAUGCACGGAGCUGAACCUAGAGACCCAUAGCAUGCCAGUCAUCGGAUCCCCGCCAACCCAUCAACUCCGCCGUGACAAUGCACCCUUAAGUAGGUAUGUCCCCAGUGUGUCGUCACGAUGAUCAUCCAGUGCACGAUCCCAAUCGUCUAAACGACUCCGAUGUCACUUGUCCUCCGUUCCGUUACUGCAAGCCCUCCGACGACAUGUGGCUGUGCUGGCCUGAUCUCCCGGUCCCUAAACCCGUGCUCUCUAUCCGACCGCGACGACGGCUGAUCAUCAAGGCGCACCUACUCGAGUAUUCCGAGACCAUAUCUGCAGAUGUACCCGGUGCUUGAGGAUGCUGGAUGUCGCUGAUCGGUCCAUGUCGAAUCGAACGCCGACUAAUUGUGCCAGUGCUCCACCUCCAUCACCCACUUAUAGCUCGAGAAGCUGCAAGAUUCUCAAGCAGUUGGCAAUGAAUGAUCGACGCCGCCAGUGGCCACGCUGUUCCUCGUUAUCUAGGCAAAGGAUGUUUGGUUACUUAUAGAAGCACCGCCCGUCGCUGUUAUCCGACCAUAUAUCUAUCGGCGCAUGCUGCCAUCAUCGCUAGUGUUCGCCUUCUUCACUUUCCCCCCCAUCUCUAUACCCUUAGGACAG